UUAUCCAAAAGAAAACCUUAAAAAACCUUCGACCCCAAAAAAUAGUGUGCGAAAAAUCGAAGCACUAUGGAGGCAAUGUCGACGGAGCCAUCGGAUUACAAGCCCUACACCCUGUUCGAAACCCUAACCGGCCACAAGAGCGCCAUCUCCGGCGUCAAAUUCUCCUCCGACGGCCGCCUCCUCGGCUCCUCCUCCGCCGACAAAACCAUCCGCACCUACUCCCUCUCCUCCUCCUCCGACUCCCCAGCUCCGACCAUCACCCCCGCCCAGACCUUCGAGGGCCACGACCAGGGCGUCUCGGACCUCGCCUUCUCCGCCGACUCCCGGUUCAUGGUGUCCGCCUCCGACGACAAAACCCUCCGGCUCUGGGACGUGGAAACCGGCGACCUCAUAAAAACCCUCCGCGGGCACACCAACUACGUCUUCUGCGCCAACUUCAAUCCCCAGUCCAACAUGAUCGUCUCCGGCUCGUUCGACGAAACGGUGCGUAUUUGGGAUGUCAAGACCGGAAAGUGCCUCAAGGUGUUGCCGGCUCACUCCGAUCCGGUCACGGCCGUUGAUUUCAAUCGGGACGGCUCGAUUAUCGUUUCGAGUAGCUACGAUGGGCUGUGUAGGACCUGGGAUGCUUCCACCGGGCAUUGCACCAAGACUUUGAUUGACGAUGAGAAUCCCCCGGUUUCGUUUGUCAAGUUCUCCCCUAAUGGCAAGUUCAUUCUUGUUGGCACUUUGGAUAAUACUCUGAGGCUUUGGAACUUUCAAACUGGCAAAUGUCUAAAGACUUACACAGGCCACAAGAGUUCAAAAUUCUGCAUUUCUUCCACCUUUUCUGUGACAAAUGGGAAAUACAUUGUAAGCGGUUCUGAAGAUCAUUGUUUAUACUUGUGGGAAUUGCAAAGCAGGAAAAUAGUUCAGAAAUUGGAAGGUCACACUGAUACUGUUAUAUCAGUUUCAUGUCACCCUGAAAAGAACAUAAUUGCAUCUGGUGCACUUGGGAAUGAUAAGACCGUGAAGAUCUGGACUCAGGAGAACUGAUUCAUUUUCAGUGUGCUAUAAAUGAUUGCAAGUUGCAGGGCAUCCUUGGCAUGAAGAUUAGACUUGAGGAGAAAGACAAAUUGUUGUAUAACACAGAACGGUGUGUUCUAUGCGAAGGCCAUUGCUACAUGUUUCUUACCUUCUAACUUCGUUGAGUAACUACGUUAUUGUAUUUUAGAACAAGGCUUCUUAAAUAUCAGUUUAAACUUUGAUCCACCUAAUUAUUAAGCCAUUUUUUGAACUUCUUUUGUGUUUUUUGCAUAUGAAUACGUGUGGUGCUGUGUGGUGGACUAGGAGCUAUGAAGCUUAAAUGUUCCAUAACCCAUAACCGCCUUGAUGUAUGGUAAAAUAGGUGUGUGCUAUUUUUAUUUCUGUCAUAACAAUGUGGUCAAAUAGGUUGUGCACUAUUUUUAUUUAUUUGUGGUUGAGUUUGUGUAUCAAAGUUUGACAGAAUAGUAGAUGUCCAUGGUGUUCAGAAUCUGAAAGAUCCUCAAGGUGUAGACAGACCGGUCUGGUGGGUCGCUCAAGUAGAAGACGUGUGGUAUGAAACUCAUGCUUAGUCCAGGCUUUUGAAUUGUUCUCUCCUACAGUUUCCCCAUCAUCCUCAAUGGUCUGAAGGUCUGACUUAUAUGCUCUUUUAUUCACCAAAAAAAAAAAAAAAAAGACUUAUAUGCUCUUUAGGAUUUGAUGUUAACAAGAUGAUGUGCAUUUGUACGCAUAGAUCAGUGUACUGAAGAAAAUCAGGUUCUUAGCCUAUGCCUUGGCCUCUUUAUGCUGUUUUUGAAUGUAGCUGACAUUCUCCUUGAGAAAAA